GAGCGCUUAAAUAAAGUGCCUACAAUAACUUAACCUAUCUUCAGACACUGACCUGGGCUUCAACCUUUUGUAGAAUAGGCAAAUUGUGGACACUCCGAAAUGCAUUGGAUGAGCUUGAAACUAAGCUAAAUAGGACUGUGUCAACCAUUCAAUGUCUCAUGGAAGAGGAACAUUUCGAACUAGACAAAACAAAGUCUAUAAACUCUUCAAGCUCUUAUCAAGAGGAAAAAUCAACACAAAAAAGUGACACUUUACGAAAAAGAAUGGUUAAUACAGUGGAUGUUGACAAUGAUGCCAAACAAUCUGAAGACAAAGCCAGUGACAGCCUGAGGACUAAGCACUACACUUGGAAGACUUGCGACUACUGGAGUUUACCCAAGUGGCGGCAAGACAACUAUUUUAUUCUCAAAGGCUACAGACCUUCGUUGCCAUCAUUCUGGGCGUGUUUCCUCUCAAUUUUUCGAAUUCACACAGAAUCGGGAAAUAUUUGGACUCAUGUGUUUGGAUGUGUACUUUUCCUUAGUUUAUUCCUCCACGUGUCACUGAGUUCUCUUCCACUAGAAGACAAGUUAGUACUGUCACCUUUCUUUAUCGGUGCCAUUCUCUGCCUUGGCUUCUCAUCGUCCUACCACACUCUGAUGUGUCACUCACAAUCAGUCUCGUCCAUGUUCAAUCAUCUGGAUUACUGCGGAAUAACUUUACUCAUCAUCGGUUCCUUCGUCCCUUGGGUUUACUACGCCUUUCUGUGUGACAGUCGACUCAGGCUUCUCUACAUUGCUGCUGCCCUCGCACUCGGCACCGUUACUGUUGUUCUCUCCCUCUCUCCGAGAUUCAUCACCCCAGUGUACCGUACAAUCCGAGCGACAGUGUUUGUUGCCUUAGGCCUCAGUGGAGUGAUUCCUGGUUUACAUUUCAUAGUGCUGAACGGAGUGGAGACUUUAAUUAGUUUUGCAGCACCGUUGCUCCUUUCUGCUUUCCUCUACAUACUUGGAGCAGUUUUUUAUGCCACUAGAGUUCCUGAAAGGAUCUUCCCAGGGAAAUGUGACAUCUUAUUUCAAAGCCACCAAAUCUUCCAUGUGCUAGUUGUAGUGGCAACUUUAAUAGACUACUUUGGAAUCAUUCAAAUUGCAACAGUCACUCAAUUUAGCAGAAACGACCCAAGCUUUUGUCCAAACAAGCAAUAUGAAAAUGAAAACCCAAUACAUCAAUAUUUAUGAUUAUAGUAGUGUUUUUCAAGCGUUGUUAGGACAAAUUUACUUUGCAGCUCAAUAGUGGAAUUACUAAACUGGUUAACCAAGGUGUUUUUGAUGAGCCUGAUUUAAAUUAUAAGGAUAGCUACAGCAAUAAAAAAUAAAAGCUAUGUUUCAUAUCAGAAAAGUAUAUUACUCUAUUAAUAAACUCAGCAUUCUAAAAUAAAAAUAAAAAAACACACACAAAUCAUUCUGAGUAAAAUCCAGGCCAAAAAGUAAAAAAAUAUACUUAGGUACACCUAAAAUACAACAUAAAAUAUUUUUUGCCAUUUAGGCCUAAGUUAUACAGCUUAUCUUGUAGGGAUGCAAAUUUGAGAAUUAUGACAAACAAAAACCCUAUAUGCCUAGUUGCCUUCAUGCAAAGCCGCACUAGAUAUACCUGGUGCGGCCUUGCUUCAUGUUCUAAUAGAAUUUGGUCCAGACACUGUAAAAGGAUGAAUAUUCUUACUGUAAGCCCUAGUUGUAAAUUAGUCAAAUCUUCAGUCAAAUUAGAUUCAGAUUGUAUUAGCCUAUCGAUUUGAACCAUUUCAGACUAUUGCAGUUAACAGCAUAAACAAUAGUAUUAUCUACAACAAAACACACAAAAACACUUGGUUUUUCAUGUUAUGUGGCUGAAUAUCAAGAAACCUAAGUCAGAUGAAGAAAGUUUUCAAAUACUGUAGGCCUAUGCAGGGUGUCUACUACAUUCUGGAUAAAAAAUUCAUGGACAAUUCCCGUACAUUUCAGGACACUUUGUCGUAACCUUUGUCGGUGUGAUUACUAAAUAAUUUUCCUGAUUUGACAAACUAUAUUAAUCUUGUUUUUCACUGCAGUUGUACCAGAGAGAAAAGUAAAUAAUAAUAGACAAGAGUUAAAUUUCAAAAUAGAAAUUUAUUGAAAGUAAACAAACGUAUACUUUAGGUAAAGGUUUUAUAGUGUAACAGAAAAACGCAAUCAUUAAUCUAUACUUAUUUAAUACGCAAGCAGAUUUUUUGUGACAAUUACUCCUCCGAAACUACUGAACCGAUUGUCAUGUUUUUGGUGUCAUUGGAAAGAGCGUAACGUGAAGUUGUGCAGGAAACUUUCUUUUUAGGGAAAUAAUGAGAGAGUGAGGCCCUGGAGCCCUUAAAAGUUUCGUAUUUCUCCAUAAGAUUAACAUUGGAAACAAAAAUUGUUAUGCAACUCCAGCUGUUGUCAGAAAUCAAAAGUGAGAAGAGCAUAUGUUAAUUAAACAGUCAAUAAGUUUGCUAAUUUAACAGUUUGCUACAAAUAUUUGCUGACUUGGUUGAAAUUCGUUUUGAAAUAACGCCUGUAAUAUUUAGCAAUUGCUCGAAUUCGAGCAACAGGGACACUAGUUAAACAUUAAUGCAAACAACAAUGCUUGUGGUUUUGUCAAUUGAGAGAUAAAAUAUCUAUAAAAAAGGGUUUAACUUACAAAAUAAGACUGUAGACUAGUUACAUGUUCAAUAUGAAACCAUAAACAGUUUUAUGGCACUAGGCAAUGGCCGGCGGCAAAUUGAAUCUUUAGGACGAAAGUAUAAGUAAGAAGUGAAAUUUAACAGCCGUUAGGGUCAUUUUCAAACUGGAUGCAACUUUACAGUCCUAAACAUUUUAGGAUUAAAAAAAUAUAUAUAUCUUAACAAUUUUAGUUAAAAAAAAGUAUUGAGUGAAGAAACACAUAUAUAAGAACCCACUUUUGAAUUGUCAUUGAUUUUUGAGUCAUAAUUUCUUUUAUAUAAAAUUUUGAAUCUAGGUAACUCAUUGUUUUCCUACUGUCCUUUAACAUGAACUUAACGAUACAACUUUUAAUUAAGCUGUUUGCAGCAAGUAUAUAAUGUAAAUACCUUAUUAACAAUGAAGUAUUUUAACCAUAAAGAAACAUUGAUAGCAAAAUUCAAUUUUAAUAUGCAUAUAUUUUUUUAUAACAAUUUUUGAACAACUGUCCCCCACAAUCGGUCCUGAGUGUUACUUCAGGAAUGUUACCCAAUGAAAACAGGGAAAAAAGGAAAUUUUGUUUUUGUUUUGUUGGCAAUAAGCAGCCAUAUUGUUUCUAGUUUCCAUCAAUGUGGAAGUUUAUGAUUUAAGUUAGAAGAAAACCAGAAUACAUCAAGAAUACGUUUUAAUAAUGAUAAGUAUUUUAAUUCAUUGUCAAGAGUGUUACUAUUUUUUUAAAGUGAUAUGCAUACUUUAGAAAAGUUUACUUAAUAUCAGUUGUUUAGUGUUCAUGUACUAUGAAUGUAAACCUAACCUCCAAAUUCUGGUCUUUACCCAGAGUCCACUUUUAUAAUUGAAUAGUAACAUUAGUCAGGAGUGUUACCUGUCAGGAGUGUUACCUACAGUCAUGAAUGUUACUGAAUAUAAAAAUAAUAUAACUGAAUAUAAACUUUUAUAUAGGCCUAUGUACUUUUUUUGUUAGAAAAUAAACUUUUAUAAUUAAAAACUGGCUUUAUUUUAUUGAAUUCCCAAUGUAUAAUUCAGGAGUGUUACUUAUUGUCAUGAGUGUUACCUACAGUCAUGAAUGUUACUGAAUAUAAAAAUAAUAAAAACUAGUAUAGAAAACUCUAAGUUUGUAUAUUUAGUCGUUUGUUUAUAUUAAGGAAAGAUAUCAAUACACACUAACAACAAUCAUUGAUAAUCGAUUGAAAUUUUCUUGGUUAUGUUGAGUAAAUUAAAAAAAUAUAGUUUCUUUUCUGCUGUCGGGUAACACUCCUGACACAUAAAAGGUUAAUAACAAAAAAUAAAAUAAAAAAAUUCUAAAAACAAUAUAUUAUAAGGUCUAGUAAGUUAUUUAUGACACCAUUUUGUUCCAGUAUAAAAUUUUUUUAUUCAAAGAAACAGUUUUUUCCAUAAUCUUAUUACAGUAACACUCAUGACAUUUUAAGGGUAGGACCCAAUAAAAAACAGUAAAAAAUCAUAAAUUACUGGAUAAACUGAAAAAAUUUCUAUUAGGUAGUGUUUAUUAAUAUAUGUUGAAAUGUUGUUUGUAAAAACAAAGGGGCUCUAGCAAAGUUUUUAUUUAAUCCAUUCUUAACUUGAAAGUUGCAUUCAAUUUGAAAAUGACCCAUUAUAAAACUAUUAUUUUCAUGAUAAAAUAGGUUUGGGAUCUCGGUCUAAUAAUAAUUACCCUAGUAAUAAAUAAAGAAGUUGUAAAGGAAUAAAAGUUGUACAACUUUUAUAAUGAGCUAGCUACUGAGUCAACAGUUCUUGGAAGUACUUGACUUGACACUUGAUUGUCGUGAUAAAAUAUUUAAUGGGUUUGAGACUGCUAAUGGGGUUUUUAUUGCAUAAUUACCCUAAUAAGUUAUGAAAAUGUAAACAAACAUCUGAUAAACCUUUUAUGUGCUCCUAACCAACUAGCAAUCAACAAAAAUUAUGGCCCAUUAAAAAUUUAAGGACAUAGUCUGGCAUUUAAGGACAAUUCCAUACAUUUCAUGGCCAGUAAAAAAUUAAGUACAAUUCCCGGUUUUCCCGGUUUUCCCGGAUUUCCCGGUUGGUAGACACCCUGUGUAUGACAUUGUGUUUUGUGA